AAGACCUAUCUUGUAAUGAUUUAUGCUAAAACUACAAAAUUGCAGUUGAAUAUCAAGAACUGUAUAAAAUCAAGCUUUUGUCUUCCUAAUCAGGUUGUAGAGGCAUAUGGUCAGACAGAAUGCACAGCUGGCUGCACAGUCACAAUGCCAGGAGAUUGGAAAGCAGGUCAUGUUGGACCCCCUCUACCCUGCAACAUCAUAAAACUUGAAGAUGUGCCAGAAAUGAACUAUUUUGCAUCAAACAAUGAAGGGGAAAUUUGUAUUAAAGGGCCAAAUAUAUUCAAGGGUUAUCUAAAGGACCCUGAGAAGACAGCAGAAGCAAUUGAUAACAAUGGAUGGCUGCAUACUGGAGAUAUUGGGAAAUGGAUGCCGGAUAAUGUAUUGAAGAUAAUUGACAGAAAAAAGAAUAUCUUCAAAUUAGCUCAAGGAGAAUAUAUCGCACCUGAAAAGAUUGAAAACAUCUAUAUCAGAAGUUCCCCUGUAGCACAAGUCUUUGUACAUGGAGAUAGCCUUCAGUCUUUCUUGGUGGGUAUAGUGGUUCCUGAUGCCGAAACUCUUUCAGCAUUUGCAGAAAACCUGGGAGUAAAAGAUUCAUAUGAAGAACUCUGCAAAAAUUCAGUAGUGAAAAAAGCUAUAUUGAUGGACAUGAUCACAUUGGGGAAACAAGCUGGCCUUAAGACCUUUGAACAAGUGAAAGACAUCUACCUUCAUCCAGAGCCAUUUACAGUUGAAAAUGGACUCUUAACUCCAACACUGAAGGCAAAAAGAGCAGAUGUUGUCAAACACUUCAGGAGUCUAAUUGAUGACCUGUAUGCUGCUAACAUGUAAAGGAAUGAAGGCCAUCUUGAUUGAACAUAUUGACAGUGGACUAUGAAAGUGCCUAACUGGCAAGGGAAACAUCUAAAAGAAACCAACAAAUGUGGUAGAUCUGUGUUGCAGGAGGUUAGUGUCCCAUUUACAGUUAUAUGCCUAGGAAGACAAAGCAGACUGCACUAGCUUGAAUUGUUUACAAUCACUGAGAAAACUAUAUUUUCCUUUAUUGUAUAACCCUAAUUGAAAUGGAAAAGUGUUAAAUGGUUUAAAAAUAUAUUUAAAAGCUGAGUUUAUGGGAAAAUAUUGAACUCUGUCAGACUACUAAGAGACCAUAAUGACACUGUACUGGUUUGAUAGAGUUGAUAUGCCAGUACACUAAAUAUUAAUUGGAUAACAAGGAUAAUAUAAUAUAUAAUGUUUUGGGACCUAGUCAUACCUUAAGAACUGUAGAAUACACUUUCUGUACCUAUAAAAUUCAUCACUCAUAGAUGAGCACUUAAAUAUACUAGCUUCAAUUGCACAUACCUUCUAAGUUGGUAUAUCCCAAUUCUGCUAGGCACAAAAUGACUAUCUGCUAGCUGAAACUUGAAUAUGAAAAAUAAAAACCUAGUGAAAGUACAUAGCCUAAAACAUAUUUGUCAAUUUCUCCAUAAAUACAAAGACAUUGUAUGUCUGGAGUCGCUCUGGAGUGAGAUGGGUGGUGACAAAUUUGAAAUUUAGUUAAAUAAAUAAAAUAAAUAUACAAAUACGUUGAACUCAUGGUUAACUUCAGUUUUAAACUAGGGUGGCACAUCAUGAUAAACAAACCACAUGAUAUCAUGGCUUACUGCAGGGUUCUCAGACUUUGCAGUACCAUAACCCUUAAAAUAAUAAAUAAAAAUGAAUAAUCUUCCUAUGAACACAAUUUAUUUCAUUGGAGCCUAGGAAGAGCAAGGAAAUAUUCUAUUUGCUUUUCACAAUUAAACAUUUCUUUCUCUGUUUUAAGUUUAUAUUAAUUUUGCCAGGUUCAAUGAGAAACACAUUCAUUUUCAAUUUCUGGAAAGUCUAGUCCUAAUUCAUAAUUGCUGAUUAAAAUUGAAGGACUUUUGGUAACAUAGAGAAUAUAUUGCAUUUCCUACUUGAGACAUUACCAAGCUUUGCAAAACAGUCCAUUUCAUAUUCACAGUGGGAUGGUUUGAAUUUGAAAUAUCUUCCAUACUACUAUUGACCUUGGAUCUUCUUGAAGUACAAAUACAUUGGGCAUCUUUGCCAAUCACAGAUGCUAAAAUGAGGUUCAGUAUAAUUUCAGGGAUAAGAUCAAUAGAAAAUAUAGAUACUUUUGACUUGUAGUGAAGGCAGUUACAUUUAACAAGAUAACACUCUAAUUUCUAGCAGUGAACUACUAACCAACCCUGUAACCAGAAUGAAAGGGCCAUUUUUAAUGCUAUGACUGUAUAAUUAUACAUACUGCUGACUUGAAAUAGGCCUAUAAGGUGGCUUCUUGAAGCCAUAAUUUUCUGUACGCUGAAGAUCAUGUGUAGCUGAAUCACAGAAAACAGUAAUAGCCAUGAUCUUCUACCACUUGGCCACUGGAACUUGCAUAUAUAUCUUUUUUGAACAUGCAGCUUUAGCUUAAACACUUAGAAUUUUCUUUUUCUAGACAUUUUCCACCCCCAGUCUAGUUCUAGAGAUUCAUAAAAGUUCCUCCUUUUAUUUUAUCUCUACUCUUUAAAAUUGUUAACUUGAUUCUGUCUAAUGCUACCUGUUGAAAAGUAUUUAUUCUUAUUUCAUAAAUAGAUAUUACAGGACUUUCCCCCAUUUGGUCCUCUCUGGAAGUGAAAUGACCAGUACUAAACUUUCACGCCAGCAUGAAUUUAUAGGCUAAUAAGUGUAAAAUGCAAGCAGCUAUAGUAUGUUGUGCUACCAAAAGCAAUAUGUCAGACAAAUGAAAUGUACUGUUAAAAUCCUUACUGAACUGAUAAUUUGCUUCCCCAUUCUUCUGCCAUAUGAGUCAUGCUUCAACCUUACAAAUUUCACCACAGCUUUCUUGACUUUCUGCCACUUUUUACACUUAAGUGGUAGUUGAGAAAUUUAUUUAUUUAUUGAGCACAAAUUCAUGUGCUUAAAUGGCAUCUUCAACAUUCAUUUAACACUGACUAGCUGACCAGGCAUUUCUGCAUCUUUUACGGUAGAUCAGUGUUUUUCAAACUUGACAAUUUUAAGAUGUGUGGACUUCAACUCCCAGAAUAGCUGGCUGGGUAAUUCUGGGAGUUGAAGUCCACACAUCUUAAGAUUGCCAAGUUUGAAAAAUACUGCUGUGGAGGAAUUUAGUUCGGGCCUUGAGAAGGAAGUGGAAAAGUAACGGUUUAUCAGACCUGAAGCGUAGAAAGAGUCUACUCUUUCAGAACAGCCACACAUUGAUCUACUGUCUUGAAAAGGAAGCUGCGAAGGUUUUGGACAGGCUUUCAAUAUUUGAUUUAUACAAUAAAGUAGCAAUCCUGGAAUACUUGUGGUGUCUGUUUCUUGAUCUGACCUUGAAGGGCUAACAUCAAUAUAAUUAAAUUUAUCUACGUCAAUUUUCAUACUGUUUUUUUAAUCCAUGCAUUUGUUUGAUUAUUGAAUUUAACUGUAGAAUAGCAGGAAACUUGUGCUGAGGAAUAGGUAAAAGAUUUAGGUAGUUUGCAGGAAAGUUCAGACAGUGAAUAAAAAUUAACUUCAGAGAGAGAAAGAAACCAAGUCCUACAAUUUACCUCUGUUGUUCAGAGAUAAAAUUUCAUUGUAGCUACAGAGUACUAAAGUGGAGAAAGCAGUAUAGUAAUAACUUUGUGUCACACAUUAUACUAUGCAAAAGCCAGAACUGCUGUAUGACUUAGCACAGUAUGUGAAUUGUUGUUUUUG